AAUACUUAAAGCAUCAAUCACUUGGAUACUUCCAUUAUAGAAUUAAUGUUUCGCACAUUACCUUCUCUUAAUUAAUAUGCCUUAGUUGUCUUAGAAGAAAUACAGUAUUUUCAUUCGCUGGGGGAUAAGAAUUCUUCAAAAGCCAGCCAGAGUCUAAGAAUUUCAAUUUUGUGCUAAAAAUGGUGGCUGUGUUCAACAAAGAGCUAUUGAGUUGGUACCUGAUCACUCUUAAGCUCAAAGAAACUGUAGAAUCUGGUCUUCCCAGAAACUCAAAUUCAGCCAACUCUGUUGAUUCUCAUGGAAAACCAGAACUCCAGCUUCAGGAGUAUAGGCAGAUUCAAUCAGAAUCCCAUCAUGUUAUAGUAGAAGAUGAAGAUCAGAAGCUUGAAGAAGACUCCGAAUCACCGGAGUCGGAAUGGGUUAUCUCCAUCAAGGAAAUGCUGGACCAAGCUCAUCAAGAUGAAGUAGAAAGUUCAUGGGCGAAGCUCUGCAUUUACAAGGUCCCGCACUACCUAAAAGAUGGAGACGACAAAGCUGUUGUUCCUCAGAUUGUCUCUUUAGGACCUUACCACCACGGAAAACGCCGGCUCCGGCAAAUGGAACGCCAUAAAUGGCGGUCGCUUUACCACAUCCUUGAGAGAACUAAGCAUGACAUAAACAUUUAUUUGGACGCCAUGAAAGAACUUGAAGAAAACGCACGCAGUUGCUAUGAAGGACCGUUCAGUUUUAGCAGCAAUGAAUUUGUGGAAAUGAUGGUUCUCGAUGGUUGCUUUGUGCUUGAGCUCUUCAGAGGAGCAGCAGAAGGAUUCAAACAAUUAGGUUAUCCUCGAAAUGAUCCGAUCUUCGCAAUGCGCGGCUCAAUGCAUUCGAUUCAGAGGGAUAUGAUAAUGCUUGAGAAUCAGCUUCCUCUGUUUGUGCUGGAUCGGCUGCUAGGGCUUCAGUUGGGUGAGAACUACCAGAAAGGGCUCUUAGCCGAACUGGCACUCAGAUUCUUCGAUCCAUUAACCCCAAACGAUGAGCCAUUAACCAAAAGCAAUUUGAACAAAUUAGAAUCAUCUCUCAGAAAUGCAACCGCCUUUGACCCGCUCGGAAAUCAAGACGGACUACAUUGUCUCGACGUUUUCCGGCGAAGUCUCCUACGGUCAGGCCAGAAAUUAGCGCCGAAAGUUUGGAUCAAACGGCGAUCUCAUGCGCAUCGGGUGGCCGAUAAACGGAGGCAGCAACUGAUACACUGCGUGAAAGAGCUGAAAGAGGCAGGGAUCAGAUUCCAGAAGAAGAAAACUGAUAGAUUUUGGGACAUCAAUUUCAAUAAUGGAGUUAUGCAAAUUCCAAGGCUAUUGAUUCACGACGGAACUAGGUCAUUAUUUCUCAAUCUAAUAGCAUUCGAGCAAUGCCAUCUUGAUUGCAGCAAUGAUAUAACUUCCUAUGUGGUUUUCAUGGAUAACCUAAUCGAUUCUCAUGAAGAUGUUGCUUACCUCCAUUAUUGCGGAAUCAUAGAGCAUUGGCUUGGCAGUGAUGAGGAGGUUGCUGAACUCUUCAAUCGUCUCUGUCAAGAGGUAGUUUAUGACAUCAAUGACAGUUAUCUUUCCCAAGUGUCUGAGGAUGUUAAUCACUACUACAACCAUAGAUGGAAUGCUUGGAGAGCAUCACUAAAACACAAUUACUUCAGCAAUCCAUGGGCUAUUAUCUCCUUGAUUGCAGCAGUUGUUCUUCUGUUGCUUACUUUUGCACAGACCUUCUAUGGAGUUUACGGCUAUUACCGGCCACCAAAUUGACCCACAACUCGGAACCUACGCUCUCUUUUAUCUCAUAAAAACUUUCUGUUCUUCAAUUGUUUCUUUCUUCAUUUUUUUCUUCGGGUUUUCAGUUCCUUCGAAAGUUCAAAUUGCCGAUGGAGCUGUGUUAUUGAUUUUGUAAUGCGAAAGUUUUCGCUUUGAUUACGUUGUAGACGUAGCUGCCCUAGAUGAGACAACUUUGCUGGGGUUUCUCCUUAUGGUGGCACCUAAUUGAACUAAUGUCUUAAA